AUGUAACGCCCCAUUUUUAGCCUGCCGCAACGGAAGUGCCUGCUCUUCUUCUCUAAUCCACGCGCUUUCCCUCCUUUUUCAUUCCCCGGUCACGACUUGCCGCCGGGACCCCUAUAGCGUCGCUUUUCGAGGAUAUUAGUCUUUCUGUUCUGUUUCGUCUUCUUCUUCUCUAUCAUCAUCUCCCUCCUUUCGUUUGAGGUGGGUCUCUUUACAUGGGCAAUUGCUGCUCCGAUGACAGCCAUGGUGGCGUGCAGGCCGUCGGAGAAGCCGGAGCCGCUGUCGCAGGCGCAGCCUCCGCAGUUGGCGCCGUGGGAUCAAACAGUGCCGACAGCGCUGAAGCUGCGGACCACUUCCUGAAGUCUCGCGGUCAUUUCGGUCUCGUCUCCCGGAUCGAGCUUUCACUGUCUGCUUCAAACUUGCUUGAUCGUGACGUACUUUCGAAGAGUGAUCCCAUGGCUGUUGUUUAUGCAAAGCGAAGAGAUGGAACACUUGAAGAGAUUGGUCGAACUGAAGUAGUAUUAAAUUCACUAAAUCCUGUAUGGAUUGCAAAGAUUGAACUAACUUACCAUUUUGAGUUGUUGCAACCUUUGGUGUUCCGGUUAUAUGAUGUAGAUUCUCAGUUCCAUAAUGUACCUGAAAAGACAUUGAAGUUGGAUGAGCAACAAUUUCUGGGUGAAGCUAGCUGUUUUCUUUCAGAGGUUGCAACUAAACGUAGUAGAUCCUUGACCCUUAAACUAGAACAUGGAGAUCAUGGAAAAAGGUCUCAAAAGUUAGGGGAGCUUACUGUUCGUGCGGAAGAGUGUUUUAGCUCAAAAAUGAUGUCUGAGAUAAUAUUUCACUGUGCAAAUUUGGAGAAUAAGGAUUUCUUCUCAAAAAGUGAUCCUUUCUUGGUGAUUUCUAAAACAACGGAGGUUGGUCCUCCUAUACCAAUUUACAAGACAGAAGUUAUAAAGAAUGAUCUCAACCCCACUUGGAAGCCAGUAAUUAUAAAUCUUCAACAAGUUGGAAGCAAGGAUACACCUUUGAAUAUUGAGUGCUACAACUUCAAUAGCAAUGGAAAGCAUGAUCUCAUUGGCAAAGUUGUGAAAUCACUGGAAGACUUGGAAAAGCUUCACCAGCAUCAACAUGGGGAAUAUCUUUUCUUGCCCAGUAAUACUGGACCUAAUCAUCUCAAUAAGAUAUUGAAGGGUCAAUUAUUUGUGCAAAAGUUUUCUGAGAAUAAGAGACAGACUUUCCUGGACUAUAUUGCUGGUGGUUGUGAAAUGAAUUUCAUGGUAGCAAUAGACUUCACUGCUUCAAAUGGAAAUCCUCGCCUCUCAGAUUCAUUGCAUUACAUUGAUCCUUCAGGGCGGCCAAAUGCUUAUCAGAGAGCGAUAUUGGAUGUUGCAGAAAUUCUGCAGUUUUAUGACACAGAUAAGCGCUUUCUAGCUUGGGGCUUUGGAGCGAGACCUAUUGAUGGGCCUGUCUCUCAUUGUUUUAAUUUAAACGGAAGCACACACCAACCUGAAGUUGAAGGCGUUCAAGGAAUAAUGGCAGCUUAUGCAAGUGCACUUCAUAAUGUAUCCUUGGCUGGACCUACCCUUUUCGGACCUGUUAUUAACACUGCUGCAGCAUUAGCUGGCCAGUCACUGGCAAACAACUUGCAGAAGUAUUUUGUCUUGCUGAUAAUUACGGAUGGGGUGAUAACAGAUCUUCAAGAAACUAAAGAUGCAUUAGUGAAAGCAUCCGAUCUGCCUCUUUCAAUUCUUAUCGUUGGAGUUGGUGGCGCUGAUUUCAAAGAAAUGGAGAUCUUGGAUGCAGACAAAGGAGAGAGACUUGUAAGUACAACUGGACAAGUGGCAACACGAGAUAUUGUACAGUUCGUUCCGAUGAGGGACGUUCAGACUGGUGAAUUGUCAGUUGUACAUGCUCUCCUUGCUGAACUACCUGGACAGUUUAUGGCCUUUAUGCAGUCCAGAGAUAUUAAACCAUUGCACUGAUAUAACUCAAUUUUUUUCCUUUUUCGUUUUAAUAAUUACUUCUAUUUUCUUCCUCCAUUCAUCAAGAUACAAAAACUGCCGUAGUUUAUGGUUGGGCAGAUGCAGUAGCCUAGUUUUAUUGCAAAGGAAUGUUUGUGCCUGUGGAAUGCUUUUGUUAAACAUUUACCCAUUAAAUGUGAAUAGUUCAGCUUGUUUUUGUUUUCCA